ACUAUGGUUGUCCUUGGCUGGCACUAUCAUUUUGCCGUUAUUGCAAAUACCAAAUAAAUCCAAGUCUAAGGAAGGUCUCUCCCGACUCUCUCGUCUUUUACAUUCGUCCAAACACUCCUCUCUCUCUCUCUCUCUCUCUCUCUCUACUACUCAAGGAAUCAUGGCUUCCAAUAGGGGUCAAGGUGGAAUUCAACAGUUGCUGGCUGCAGAGCAAGAAGCACAACAUAUUGUGAAUGCUGCCAGAAGUGCAAAAAUGGCUAGACUGAAACAAGCCAAAGAAGAGGCUGAGAGGGAAGUUGCUGAAUAUCGUGCCCAAGUGGAGCUCGAUUUCCAGAAGAAAGUUGCAGCAAGCAGUGGAGAUUCAGGUGCUAACGUCAAGCGUCUUGAACAAGAAACGGAGGCUAAGAUCCAUAACCUGAAAAGUGAGGCUUCAAGAAUAUCUCAUGAUGUUGUCCAAAUGCUUCUGAAGCAUGUGACCACUGUGAGAAACUAAACCGAAAAUGGCAGACUUGAAGUAUAAUAUUCUUUCAGUAUGGCUCUCCCUUAUCCUCCUUCAAUUUCCUGUGUGAUGUGGACGAGGUCCAUGUAUUUGUUAAUUUGUUAUAUGAUGGAGAACUUUUUAUCAAACAAAUAACUUAUUAUGUACUCCCUCAGAAUAAUUAUAUUGCACAAACUCCUAUCCAUUCCUUGUUUGGAUGAUUAAAUUGAGUUGUACGCCACAUAUUAUAUGAUUAUUUAAGGAGUAGAGACUCGGAUACUCUUUUGCCA